GGACAGGAGGCAGCAUUCCAUCUCUCUCUAGUCUGGUGACAAAAACCCAACGUCAUACUGGUGAGAUAGACGAAAUACACUAUUUCAAAAGUUAGCAAUCAACCUUUGAGAUAAGACUGAUUUAAAGCCAUGUGGCUUCGUUUUCUUCUGUUGGCUGUUGUAGCAGUAGAAGGAGCCCGACAUCGAAGAAACAGAGGACGUUUCAGAGGGCGUAUGACUUCUAUGAGAGAAGUUCCACCACUGGGGGCAGGAACUCUCAGGGGAAGGGCAGUAGUCCCUGUUGAAGGGGGAGAGGUGGGCCAAGAUUCUCAAUUAACUAUCUCUGGCACUGGAACAAUAAAAAAAAACGGCGCAACCAGAUUAAAUCUACAAGUUGACAUAGAAGGACCGGUAGGACAAAUUGGUGGGCAGGGAAUGGCAGCUGAAGGACCUGAUGAGGGGCUGGGAGGAGGGGUAGAACCCGAAGGAGGAGGUGUUAAUGGUCCAUCAAAAGAAAUGGGUGGCCAACCACAACCUCUUGGAUUAUUGGGCCUGGCAGCAAAAGUUGGAAGCAUAGCAUUAAAGGGAGGAAAGGCAGGAAAGGUAGCAAGUAAGGUAAUUGGAACAGCAGGUAAGAUAGCUGGCAUAUCCGGAAAAAAAGGAAGCAGCACACGCGUAGGAAGCGUGACAGGUGGUCUUGGAGGAGGCGCAGUCAGUCCAGUAGGAGGAAUAGGAGGCAAAUCAGGAGGUCAAGCAAGGGUAGCAGGAGGGCUAGGUGGCACAGUAGGCGGAUUAGGAGCCCCAGGAGGCGCAGUUAGCACAACAGGAGGGCUGGGAGGCGCAGUUAGCACAACAGGAGGACUGGGAGGCGCAGGAGGAGGUUUAGGAGCGCCUGUGGGAGGGUUAGGAGCCCCAGUGGGAGGGUUAGGAGCCCCAGAGGGAGGGCUGGGAGCCCCAGUAGGAGGGUUAGGAGCACCAGAAGGAGGGUUAGGAGCCCCAGAAGGAGGGUUAGGAGCCCCAGAGGGAGGGUUGGGAGCCCCAGAAGGAGGGUUAGGGGCCCCAGUGGGAGGAUUAGGAGCCCCAGAAGGAGGGUUAGGAGCCCCAGAAGGAGGGUUAGGAGCCCCAGAGGGAGGUUUAGGAGCCCCAGUGGGAGGGUUAGGAGCCCCAGAAGGAGGAGUAGGAGGUUCGGAAGGAGGAUUUGGAGCAGGAAUACCUGCUACUGGUCUUACUGCAGGUGGCCAACAAGGAGGGGCAUUCCCGGCAGGAGACCUAGCAGGAGAAACUGCUCCUCCGGUCAAGGACGCCUGGAAGACUAAAAAGACUGGAUUUAAAAAGCAGCGAGGCGAGGACCUUGGGCUGCUAAACAGCAAAAAGAAAGGUCACAUUUCCCAUCACAAGCAUGGUUAAUUGGUUAUUUUGCUAGGCUCAAAAAUUGUUAUGU